UCACGGAGCUGCGUAAUCCCGCGAGAUCUGGAGUUCCCGUUAGCCCCCGCGCUCACAGCCCUUGGAUGGCGGCUGGUAGCCAUGUUGUAGCCUGAGAGUCGGUGUCGGAACAACCCGCAGAACUCCCGCUGCAGAGUCGGUACCGCUGAGCGCACGGUCCGGUCGAGCCGUCCUUCGUGUUCCGUGUUCGGACUGCAGACUUCCAGAAGGCACCAUGAGCGGCGGGACGCCGUACCUGGGCAGCAAGAUCAGCCUGAUCUCCAAGGCCGAGAUCCGCUAUGAAGGCAUCCUGUACACCAUCGACACCGAGAACUCCACCGUGGCGCUGGCGAAAGUGCGUUCCUUCGGUACUGAGGACAGGCCCACGGACCGACCCAUCCCGCCUCGCGAUGACACGUUUGAGUACAUCAUCUUCAGAGGAAGUGACAUCAAAGACCUGACGGUGUGCGAGCCGCCCAAACCGACCUGCUCGCUGCCUCAGGACCCGGCCAUCGUCCAGUCGUCCAUGAGCUCCAGCUCCUCGUCCUCUGCUGCCGCUCCCACCCCGUUCCAGUCUGCCGGUUCUUAUGGGCUCUUUAACCGGGCUCCAGUUCCUGCCUACAACCAGUUCAGUGCCAGUCCGCUGGUGUCCCCCCAGUUUGGACCAGUCGGUGUCGGUCGCAGCAGCCCCAGUCUGGACCCUCUAAGGAAGAGCCCGACUCUGGACCAGGUGAUCCAAACCGCUCCGUCGGCCCCGACCGCUGCCACCACGGCUCCGGCACCGGGCCUGGGACGCAGAAGCCCUGCCCACGGACGCACGGCCCCGUCCGGCACUGGUCAGAGCGGUCUGAAGGUCCAGCACCAGGACGGCGUGGACGCUCGGAGGGGUGAGACAGUCAGGGGCUGGUCUGCACCCCGACCCAUCUCUGCUGUAGAUAGGCCCCCCCCCUCUGUCUUUAGCCAAUCAGGCUCAGACGGCUCCAAAGUGUCCAAACCAGAGUGUGAGCCGGCUCGAGGUGAAGCCAGAGACAGUAAACGACCCUCAGUGGCUGGAGCACCAGCUAACCGGCGUGGACGAGGAGGCGGACACCGCGGCAGAGGACGCUUCAACGUUCGCCGAGACGGCCCGAUGAAGUUUGAGAAAGACUUUGACUUCGAGAGCGCCAACGCUCAGUUCAACAAGGAGGAGAUCGACCGAGAGUUCCAGAGCAAGCUCAAGCUCAAAGAUGAGAAGAGCGAGAAGGCGGUGAACGGCGAGGAUAAAGGCGACUCUGGCGUGGAGACUCAGAACAGCGAAGGGAACGCCGACGACGAGUGCGACCCGCUCGGUCCGAACUGCUACUACGACAAGUCCAAGUCUUUCUUUGACAACAUCUCCUGUGAUGACACCAGGAAAGCUAACGAAAAGUCAGGAGGCUCCGCGUUCCCACGCGAGCGGAGGCAGACGUGGGCUGAAGAGAGGAGGAUGAACGCCGAGACCUUCGGGAUUCCUCUUCGUCAGGGUCGAGGACGCGGCGGUUACCGUGGACGCGGUGGGAUGGGCUUCCGUGGAGGGCGGGGUCGCUCGGCCAGCCGAGGGUCCUUCGGGCCACCGCAGGGAGGCGGCGGCUUCAGGGGUGGAUACAGAGGAAACCAGGCCGGACGAGAGUUCGCCGACUUAUCAGCAUACAGGAAGGACAACAAGGUGUCGGCGUAGUGUGGGGGCGGAGCCUCUGCUCAGGUGGAUGGUCUUCAGAUAGUUUGACUUGCUCUUUGACUAAAAUAUUGAAGAUUGUCUAGUUGUAUAUUUGUCACCAGCACUGGGGUCGACCUCUUGAACACGCGACGGAAACAACAUGAAGAACGAUGACGCAGUUUAUCAGACAAACCUCCAGAGUGUGAACCGUUCAAAUAUUCACAGCUCUGCACCUCCACCUGACCACGACCACGCUGAUGACGACGACGAUGAUGUUUGUUAGGAGCUCUUUGACUCACAUAGCUUUAUUUGGGGAUGAGGUCCAGUAUAUCCUGUUAGUUCAGCACCAAAACAGCCCGCUGGGUCACUCACCUUUCUAAUGUUUUUCUACUUUCCAUCAACGUUCACGCCGUCUCACCUCACUCCGCCAUGUUCGUGAUGUUUCCCUCCAUCAGCAGACGGCAUUUCUUCACUCGGUUUAACUUCAACAUUAAUGUAGAGCAACGUCCACACGAGUCACAGUUCACUUUCUGACUCUCCUCACUUUCUCUGACUCUCCUCACUUUCUCUGACUCCGUCUCACUUUCUCUGACUCCGUCUCACUUUCUCUGACUCCUCUCACUUUCUCUGACUCUCCUCACUUUCUGUGACCCCGUCUCACUUUCUCUGACUCCGUCUCAGUUUCUCUGACUCU